AUGACAAGCCAUACCAUCCCAGGGGAUUGGGAAGGGCCUCCCAAAGGCUAUGACUGGUACCGUGAUACCAAAGUGGCCAGAACUCAGGCUGACAACCUUCCACGAGACCGAAUCCGGGCCAACGAUUAUGAAGAUUGGCAGACACAAGUUAAGGCAAUCCUCGCAGGCUAUGGAUUGACCGACCUCAUCGACGUUAAGCUCGAUCGUCCGAAGACGACGGACAACCGGGGAGAAAGAUGGAAAAGAAUUUCCCUAUCAGUGGUUGUGUGGUUGAAGCAAAGCAUAUCCCCGGAUUUACUCAAGGAACUUGAGCAAAAGCAUCGUCGAUUCAUUUUCGCGGAUGAAGUUUUUCACGCGAUUAAAACCCAUAUGGACUGCGCCAGUCCGCAUGCAGACGCCGAGACGCUGACACAGUGGGAGAAAUUGAGUGUCAUUGACUUUCCAACGACUUCGAGGUUUAUUGACGAGGUGCUGCUUGCAAUGAAAAGACUCAACGACCGUCACAUGCCCAUGAAUCCAUAUGCAGUGAUCAUGAAGAUAAUCUACGGCAUCGGCAUCAAUGACAAUGAUAUGAAGACACGUCUGUGCAACGAUUGGGUUAGCCAGAAGAAAGACCCUAAGACAUUCACGGCUCUGGACCUGGAAAACAUGGUCAAACAAAUCAAGCAGGAGCUUUCAGCUGAGGAACAGAAUGAUGUCACAAUCAAACCAGAGACUGAAACUUGA